AUGCCGUGUAUUCGCAGUGAUCCCAACUUGAACAUCUGUCCGGACUAUAACUCGGAGGACUUCGAAAACACACGAGCACAGCUCGUAAACGAGAACACUACAGAAGAUCAAGUGGUGCAGUUACUCAGGAAUAUCUGGCUAGCUAAUAACAAUCUAGAGAAACAUUUAUGGCAACAACAAGCGGAACAGUGCAUGGAAGAGGACAAACAAGGGCGUCUGAACCAAGUACGCAUCGAUGAAGAGGAAGAUGCACGCAAGGAAGAACAAAAGAAGAACAAGUUCAAAUACAUUCCGAUUCAGAAUUCGGGUGAAAAUGGGGAAAUGCCUGCAGUGAAUGAUGGUUUGGACGAAGUGUCAACCAAGAAAAUGGUAGAUCACGAUGCAAUAAUUCUAUCCGCAUUACCUGAUGGCUCGACAGCUUGGGUAUCUUUGGCUUCAACUUGCAGCGCGCGUUCAGUCGCCAAUGAUGAAGACCUACCAUUUGAAGAGUUUUGUCAAGCAUGCCCUCGGUUCUUAGUAGCCUUAGAGGAAGCAGAUUGGCCACAGGAUAGAAUCAGGAUGACGGCUCUCUUUUGGAGGAACUUGCAGAUUCACAAGUACCGGUCACUUUGA